AUGACAAAGACAAAGAGACCAAAGCCACAUUUAAAGAAACCUUAUGGUACACCUACUGUCACCUCACAUACAAAGAAGGACUCGACGACUGAUGAUGAUCAAUCAAUGGAGCAGGUGGAGAAGAGUCCACAGUUUGUAAUAGAUGGAUCGAUACUGGAGGGUGGAGGCCAGAUACUCAGGAACUGUGUAGCCCUCUCAUCACUCUACUCCAAGCCAAUACUCAUCGAGAAGAUCAGACACAACAGAGAUCAGCCAGGUUUGAAGGCUCAACACAAGGCCGGCAUUGACUUGGUCGCGCGAAUGUUCCGCGCCCAUCUUGACGGAAGCAAGCAGGGCUCAGUCACCUUAUACUAUCAUCCAAGAAUAUCACCCUCUUUGAUCAAGGAGCACGACAUUGAGGCGGACACUGGCACUGCUGGCAGCAUUACACUGCUGAUACAAGUGUCAAUGCCAUGUCUAUUGUUCGCGCCACACUCUAUCAAGCUCACACUCGGUGGAGGCACCAAUGUUGACUUCAGUCCUGCAGCAGACUACCUCCAACAUGUAUUCUUCCCAGCGGCCAAGCGAUUCGGUAUCGACGUAGAUAUGGAGAUCAAGAAGAGAGGAUACUAUCCCAAAGGAGGUGGACUGGUAACAUUGAUCACUCGACCAAUCAUUGGAACGCUACAGCCAAUCACAAUUAUGAACAAGGGUAACCUCACCAAGAUCACUAUAAGGGUCAACUUCACAUCGACCAGGAUAUCAAUACAGGUCGCAGAACGAAUGCUCACCGCAGCGAAAAAGAUGAUAAAGAAGGAUUACAAGAAGGUAGAGAUAGUGGAGGAUAUAGUGGACACUGCCAAGUACACGUUUGGUGAUGGUGUAUCAAUUUUUAUAAUGGCAGAGACUGACACUGGAUGUAUUUAUGGUGGAUCAGCUAAUGGUGCUAUUGGUAUCCCUGCAGAGGAGGUUGGAGAGACUGCAGCAAUAUCAGUGUUGAAUGAUCUGUUGCAUGGAGGAUGCAUGGACGAAUACCUUCAAGAUCAAUUGAUUAUCUUUAUGGCGUUGGCUAAAGGCAAGAGUCAGAUCAAGACUGGACCGCUGUCCCUACACACUCAAACUUCGAUUCACUUCUCAACCAUGCUCACUGGAUGUACAUUCACAGUCACACCUGCGCCAGACCGACAAAGAGGCGAGGAGACAUUCAUCAUAGCCUGCGAUGGCAUUGGAUACAUAUCAAACCAACCUCAGCCUGGUGGUGUUGUUGUAGCUGCAGAGACCGCGCCAACCACAUCAACUACAUCCACUACAUCGACAACUACAACAACAACAACUACAUCAUGA